AACUAUUCGCCCGGAACGAAUUUGUGUGUACUUGAAAGACGCCGGAACUAUUUCGCAGCCGUACAGAAAAGUGUUGCCUAUGUAUGGUUAGUGGAGGGUUUGUGACGUCAUAAGACAACUAUUUUCCAGUAGCUCUUACCUCGGAAAAUACCUCAUACCUCGAAAAAUACCUCCUUUGUAAUUUAUUUAACGAUGUGUUAGCUAUCGAGCAAUUGUGGAUACUUUCAUGAGAAAUACAAGAUGGCGUCCCGGAAGCAGAAGAAGGUUUGGCGUUAUGUGGAAGAAGGAAGUCUGCUGAAACUGAAGUCGUAUCUGCGGAAACACAGAGAUGUGGAGGUGAAUUUCGCUCAGGGGAAGAGGAGGAGAGGAGUGCUGCAUGUGGUCUGCUCUCACGGGGACGACGCGCUGCUCAGGCUGCUGUUAAAGCACGGAGCUGAUCCGCUGCACAAGGACCGGAACGGGGACACGCCGCUGCACCUGGCCGCCAAGAGAGCCCUGAAACACGGCAAAGCAGACUACGACGAUCUGGUGGUUCCUUUGCGUAAACACUGUCCCGCUGCACUGAGUGUACGCAACAAUGCCGGAGUCACUCCUCAUGAACUGCUUCAAGGCCUGAGCUUCGAACAGAAAUGGAGACCGAGCAAUUUUGCUCGGAGGUCUGAUCCUGAGCAGGAGUGGAGGGAGAAGCUGCUGGGCGAAUGCCAGGACGAGUUUUUUGAAACAUUCGGGCAGUAUGAUGAGGACUUCCUGAGAUACGAUGAAGACGAGGCAGACUUUGCUGACUGGGCUGACCGAAUCAGGAGCGAGUACGAGACCAAGCGGCAGGCCAGAGCGACUGCAGACAGGAAGGGAAGGCGGAAAAAGGAGGAGAAAAACGAGGAAGAGGAGGAGAGGCAGCGCAGAGAGCUGCACGCCCGGCUGGAGAAGGAGCACCAGGAAUACCUCGAGCGUGCCUCGCGUAAAAAAGACGAGACCCAGACGAGGAAGAAGAGGCGCUACGAGGAACGCUGCGACGCCGUCUUCGUCAGCUCCUCCUCCGCAGGAGUCCUGGGAUACGAGGACAUCCCCUGGCCUGCACCACGCGGCUCCGUGAACGACAUGAUCGCGGUCAUCCUGCACGGUGUCGAUCGAACAGACACAGACGCUUUCCGGAAGUUUCUGCGCCGCCAGCAGGCUCUCUGGCACCCGGACAAGUUCGCCCAGCGCUGUGGUGGACGGCUCCAGGACCGAGACAAGCAGAAGAUCACGGGCACGGUUACGGCUCUCUCCCAGGAGCUGAACAGGCUGGCGCAGAGUCUUCGCUGAUGCUCAGGUGUUUUUUUUUUUUUGAGGGAUUCUUUUACACUUGAUGGAUCUGGUUGGCUGCAGGCAGUCAAACAUACAACAACGAAUAAAUAUUAUUAACUUUUUAA